GUCUCGAUCAUGUUAGCGUAGAACGGGGAUAUUUGUCAAUAGCAAAUCUUUUUUAAUGCAGAUACAACUAAAUAAUUUACAUAAACUGCAAACUUUAACAUAGAUCGUUUGAAAUGGACACUACACUCUGUGAAAUUAGAUUGAAAUCGACUGAAGGUUAUUAAUCUGGAAAGAAAAGGUGUGUGAGGUUUUGAAAAUUGGAUAGGCGACUCUAGGCCGAGAAGCUGAGAAAACUGUUUACUGCCUCCUGUAGAUUGGUUUGCGCCUGUGUAUGCCGUGUGACGUAACAUCUUUAUCAUUGCCUGUCAGAAGGAUGCUAACUGAUACAAACGAAGCAGACAUAGACGUAAAACUGGCUAUUUGCUUUUCGGACAAUUGUUCUUUGUCGCAACAAACUGGAUAAUUACUUUAUACGCGUUUAAUGGACAUUGAGGCAAAAUUACAGGACACACAUUUAACCGAUCGUGGUGCACGUACCUGGCUAUCUGUCACGCAUUUUACCGAUCUUAAUUCAAAAUACAUUCCACAGGCAUUGUUGCAACGAAAAGUGUUCUGUUUUUGAGAAACACUGCAACAAACUGGCUACAUGGUACAUAUUUAAUCAGCGCAUCUUUUCUGCGAAAUCCAGUGAAUAUGAAGUGUAGGAAAAUAAUGUCAGUGUUUUUGAACUAUGCGUUCAGAAAAGUAAAUGCAUGCAAAGUGACAGUUUUUCUAACAGUUAUAUUGGUAUCGAGUGUAAUACUUACUUCAGACCUUCCUCUAUUUUUACGGACACAUAGACACACAAUAAGUCAUGUUCAAGAACAGAUAAUUCCAGUUAGAAAUUCAGCUGGCAAACAUAUUCUUGAAACGGACCUCCGUGACAACGUACACCUGAACAAAAAAACGGAAAUUAAACGCAAUGAAAUUGAAAAAUCCAUUCCUAAAAAUAGAACCGUCUGGAAUAAGUUACCUCCAGGUACACAAAUGGGAAAACGUCAAGCUGCCGCUAUAAGAAAGGUUAUACCACCAGACGGUAAUUUGCUUGUCUGGGGAUUAGGAAAUGAUAGCCCAUUUUGGCACGACAGUACUCAAGGUAAAGUCAUCUUUAUUGAACCUGCAGGCUUUUGGUUUAAGAAAAUUACGGAUGAAUACCCUUAUCUGGAAGCGUACCCAGUGAAUUAUACAACUGAAACUGUGAAAUCUUUCGAUAAAUAUAUCAACAACCGAGACAUUUGGUCAGAUCUCGAUAUUCGAUCACAGUUACCUCCCGUUGUAAAACAAACGCAAUGGAAUGUGAUAAUUGUUGACGCACCGCCAGGAUACAAAGGUGCACCAGGCAGAUACCAGUCUAUCUACACGUCAUCAUUACUGGCACGGAAUGGUACUCAUAUUUUUGUUGACGACUACGAGAGAAAGGUUGAAAAACAGUUUUCACUGAAAAUGCUUGGCACUCCAAUCGAAGUGGUUAAACGGUCACCUAAGGGUAUAAUUGGUGCAAAUGAACAAGCUCAUUUUAUACAUAUCAGUGCCUAAAAAUGGUGUUAAGUAGCUAAAACAACGUAGAGGUGAUAAUAUAAUAUUGCGGAUAUCUGCGCGGUAAACUAACCCCAUAGUGAAACAUGUUUUAAAUGUAAGCAUGUGAUGGAAUAGACAAUAUACUUUGAUAAACUAAACUAGUCAGAUAUUUUGUCACGCUAAAUAAUUUCGUCAAAUUCAAAUGCAACGAACCCACCUUUAACAUAUGGAUCCGUUUUUCGUUUCAACUGACGUGAAAUAAAGCAUACGGCACAUUUGGAACAUCAACUCGACGUAGAAAAUUCAAUAUUCAGCCACCAUUACUGUUGUCACAUGAUGAAUAUAGAAAACAAAUCGUUACUUUUUGAUGAAUUUAAUGACGGUAUUCUUUACGAACUUUUUCAAAGAAAUAAUGUUUACAAAAAUAAAAAAAUAAAAAUAGAGCUAAUAAAAAAAAAAAGAAGAAGAAAAACAUAGUAAAUAUAAAAACGUCAUUGAUCUUUGCAUUUAAAAUUAACCAUAUUCUACGAACUUCGCAUUACGUCACAGUCAGUGCGCGCGGUUGGUAAAGCUAUAACUUAAUGGACGUGACCGUCAGAAAAUAAUUAUGAACAGUAUCUGUUCCAAAAGUAAUGGUUGCCAGAACAAAUUUAUUUAAACUGUAUUUUCGAUCAGCCGAAAAAAAUAUGAAAUAUGGUCAGAUCUCAGUAUUCGGUCAGACUUGCCUAAAGUUGUGUGGUAGCCAAAGAGAUCGAAAUGGUUUAUGUGCUUAGAAAGACUGUGCUUAAGGUAGUUCUGCACGUUUUGAUAGAAAGUUUUUCUACAAUGUAGAAUUUGAUUAAACUCUGAUUUUUCAAAACUUCAGAAUAUACCUAGAAAAUUCAGCAACUAAAAAAGAUAGGGUCGUGUGCUUGAUUUUUUGCUAGACUGAUUUGAAAUAAAUGGACCUCACGCAAUAUUUCAUAAUGGGAGUCUAAGGGAAAAUCAUAAUUUUCAUAACAUUUUCGCGAAUAGAAUUUUUUCUACAAUGUAGAUUUUGAUGAAACUUCUCACAGUUGUAAAUAAAUACAUGGCCUUUUAUUUGAUGAAAUAAAAUGUAUAGGUCCGUGUGCUUAUUUUUGAGAUAUAGAACGGUGAUUAAAGCGAACCGGACAUUUUACGCUAAUUUUAAGACAUUAAUUUGAAUUAUUUAACGUGUCGUAUGUUUUAAUAUCUAUUUUGAGUUUAGAAAAAUAGCAACAGUACCAUGGUAAUAAAUUUACUCACAGGUUGCGAUUAAUUCAUAAAAUGAUUUUCCUUUCCGUACGUUGAAUCCAGGCUUUAUUCUACGUUUUCCGGAUAAAUGACGUUACGCCAUUACUUCCGGUUAAUCAAACGUGCAGAACUACCUUAAUAAAUAGAUUAUCAAAAAAGUAGAGACUUACCCUAAGCUCUCUUCACACAAGGGAAACAAUCUGCUUAUUUAGCGAAAUUGUUGAGUGAACACCGUUUGUUAAUCCUAAUCCUGUCAAAGUUAUAUCAGUGCAAUGGAAAAGUAACCUAUCUGUGUUAAAUGCUAUGCAUGAUAAGACAGUUAUGUAACUAACAGUCCUGAAAUUGAUUUCUUUGAUUUGCUCAUAUUUCGAUUUUCGAGAUAUUUUUCCCAUACUUUGACGCAUAUAUAUAGGUAGUAUAUAUUGUUCUUUUUCCAGCAGUAGAAUUUUCAGCAUAUUUUAUCAUGUGAAAUUCUGUGGGUUUUGACUGUUUCAAAAAAAUCGUCUGUUUGUGAAAAAAUUUCACCACAGAAAAUGUAACACUUUCCCCAGGGCAUUAAUUCAUUUGAUCUUUACACAGUUCUCUAUUCAAAUCGCUAAUCCUUGCAGCAAUUAUGCAUGCCUUUUCCCUGCUUAGAGUUAAAAAGUGCAUAGUUUGCAUGAGGUAGUAGGUCAAUAGCCACCUAAGUCUAUCAUAAAGUCUUAGUGAAGUUGUCUCUAUUUUUUCCAGAUAUUUUACCCGGGAUCAUUUUUUUUCAGCUUAAAUAACUUUUUUUCCGAAAAUGAUACUUUAAUAUUUCUUUCAGUCUACAUACUUUGAUGCAGUUGAAUACACAUAUAUCAUCUAAAAACAUAGUUCCUACUGGAAGUUUAUAUUUUUAGUUCCACUGCCUAUAAAAAGUUAAAAACGCACAUUCCUUGACGUAAAUCUCUAGUAUAUGUAAUUACUUGUUUCUGAAUUAAAUAUAUUGUAAGGUCGCUUGCCAAGACUUAUUUUCACUACAAAAAUGUCACACUUUCCCCCAGGGCAAUAAAUGAUUUGAUCUUUAUAUAUUUUUUCUUUUCAAGAUGUUGAUCUUUACAGUAAUUGCUACUAAUUAUGCAGGAUCUUUUCGUACCUAGCGGUAAAAAGUACAUACUUUGCAAGAAAUACUUUGUACACAGCCACCUAAGCCUACAACAAAGCUUCAGCGGAGUUGUCUCAAUUUUUUCCAGAUAUUUUACCCACUGGGACCAUUUAUUUCAACUCAAAUAACUCUUUUUCAUAAAAUGAUAGCUAAAAUAUUUUUUCAGACUGAUUACUUUGAUGUAGUUAGCUACAUAUAUAUCUAAAACAGUUUGUAUUUCAGUUACAAUGCCUAGGCAAUGCAUCAGUGAUGAUCAGUUCAUCAGCAUGUUAGUUUUGAAUACAAUGUGAUGUAUAUUA